CUGGGUUCCCUGGGAGCUGCUGCAGCAAACUGUGCUCUCUGCAUCAUUUCCACAUAGCUGUGAUCCGGUACUGCAUGCAUCGCCCACAGGAAAAUAGCACAAAGACACCUCAGCAGUACUCAGAGCUUACAAUACGUGCAGAAGGAGCAGCACAUUCAGAAGGCGAUGCCGACACCGGCCUUGGUGUGUGUGGUUGGAUCCUGGUGACAUUCUCUUUUAUUUUCACUCUUCUUACAUUUCCUUUCUCAAUCUGGAUGUGCAUAAAGAUUGUGAAGGAAUAUGAGAGAGCCAUCAUCUUCAGACUUGGACGCAUCUUAAAAGGAGGAGCAAAGGGACCCGGUCUCUUUUUUAUCCUGCCCUGCACAGACAGCUUCAUCAAAGUUGAUAUGAGGACCAUCUCUUUUGAUAUUCCACCCCAAGAGAUCUUGACCAAGGACUCUGUGACAAUUAACGUAGAUGGAGUGGUUUACUACAGAGUUCAGAAUGCUACCCUUGCUGUGGCAAAUAUCACAAAUGCUGACUCAGCCACACGUCUUUUAGCACAGACAACUUUGAGGAAUGUUCUGGGGACCAAAAACCUUUCUCAGAUUCUCUCUGACCGUGAGGAAAUUGCACACAACAUGCAGGCUACACUUGAUGAUGCAACAGAUAAUUGGGGCAUUAAGGUGGAACGUGUGGAGAUCAAGGAUGUGAAAUUACCCAUACAGCUGCAGAGAGCAAUGGCUGCAGAAGCUGAAGCUGCACGGGAGGCAAGAGCUAAGGUAAUUGCAGCUGAGGGUGAAAUGAAUGCUUCCAGGGCCCUGAAAGAAGCAUCUAUGGUUAUCACAGAGUCCCCUGCUGCUCUUCAGCUUCGUUACUUGCAGACCUUGAAUACCAUUGCUGCAGAAAAGAACUCCACCAUCGUCUUUCCGUUGCCCAUAGACAUGCUGCAGGGCAUCUUAGGUGCAAAACGCUAGCUGCAGUGGGAGGAGGAAAGUAUUUUUUCUUUUGCAACCAGUAAAUGUCUGCAGCACCAAAUUGCCUGCAUAUUAUAGCUUAAGGUAAUAUUAGCAAAGUGAAAUGCUGAGGAACCUUUUUAGUUUUUUAUACUGUGUGAUAAGAUGCAGAUGUAAUGCUUGUGAGUAUGGACUAUCAAAAUACUUGAAAUUAAAAAUUGAUCCAAAUUAGAAGCAGUUUAUGAUCUUAAGCAUGUAUCCAUGCUGUACUAGAUGAGAAACCAAUUAUCUGUAACCUUACAUUUUCAAAUAGUAUAUAAAACUAUUUGUGGCAAAGAUUAGAUGAUUCAACAUCUGGAAAGAGAAGUGUUCCUUUUAUUAAAGAGUCUGUAGUCCUGUAAGGGAAGUGGAACAGCCCUAACUGUAUUCUCUUAGAGUGUACCUGCAUGUGAUGAAGUCAUCUGAUUGUUGUAUGCAUUUGUUCUCUAGCUUAUACUGGGGAAAACAAUGGAAGUUGAUGUAGGAGUGAGAAUACUGGGUACUUCUGAGAAUCAGGCUCAUACUUCCUAAAACAGUUCCCUGUUCAUGGGAAACAGUUAUUAGCCAAUGUUACUGAAAUGGAACUUUCUGCCUCUGUUCCGCCAUAAAGGAACAAUGUAGACUUGCUGUAGUUAAUAGUACAAUAUGCUGCUUGUUGCUAUGCCCAUAUAGAUUUAUGACUUUGAAAGCACUGAAAAUUUACUGGGUCUGCUUUUAUCUGUACAUCUUCUCAAAAAACAAUUAAAAGGAAAAAAAAAGCCAUAACCCUGA